AACUACGAAACGCUGCGUAUUGGAUGGGUUUGUUUCUUCUUCAGGGACUUUGAAUUUCAAAUUUAGACUAUCCGCUCUCUUUAUCUGAAAACUCAGGCUCUUGCUCUUGCUCUUGCUCUCUCGCCGUCGUCUGAGUCGUUAAAAGUACGAUGAUCGGAAAAAUGAGUAAGAGAUCGACAGAAUCUGACGCUGGCGAUACCGAGAAGCAAUGGUCCCUGGCAGAUUUCGAGAUCGGGGGACCACUUGGAAAAGGCAAAUUUGGUAGAGUCUAUCUCGCCCGAGAAGCCAAGAGUAAGUACAUAGUGGCGCUGAAAGUGAUAUUCAAGGAGCAGAUUGAGAAGUAUAAAAUUCAUCAUCAGCUUAGGAGAGAAAUGGAGAUCCAAACGAGUCUAAGCCACCCAAAUAUCUUGCGUCUUUUCGGUUGGUUCGAUGACGAUGAGCGGAUUUUCUUGAUUCUUGAGUAUGCUCAUGGUGGUGAGCUCUAUGGUGUGCUCAAAAAGAAUGGUCAUCUUACCGAACAACAAGCCGCCACUUACAUUGCAAGUCUCAGUGAGGCACUGGCCUAUUGUCAUGGCAAAUGUGUGAUUCACAGAGACAUCAAACCUGAAAAUUUGUUGCUCGAUCAUGAGGGGAGACUGAAAAUUGCUGACUUUGGAUGGUCAGUUCAGUCAAGUAAUAAGAGAAAAACAAUGUGUGGAACCUUAGAUUACUUGGCACCUGAGAUGGUAGAAAAUAGAGAUCACGAUUAUGCAGUUGAUAACUGGACUUUAGGCAUACUGUGUUACGAGUUUCUCUACGGUAACCCUCCAUUCGAAGCCGAGAGUCAAAAAGAUACAUUCAAGAGAAUUCUUAAGAUUGAUCUUAGUUUUCCUCUUACACCGAAUGUUUCAGAAGAAGCCAAAAAUCUUAUCAGUCAGCUUCUUGUUAAGGAUCCCUCAAAACGGCUCUCCCUUGAGAAGAUCAUGCAACAUCCGUGGAUUGUCAAGAACGCAGAUCCGAAAGGUGUGUGUGCCUCAAUUGAUGUUUGAUGCUAUUCUCCCAAUCAUAGGACUAGGAGCUUAUAUGUACGUAUAACCUAAUGUUAUGAGAAGAAUGUCUUAGAAGUUCAGCGAAAGCACAUUCCAUGUGAUAUAUUGUCUCAUUUCAGCACAAUAUAAUCUAGCUAAAAUUCGUGUCUC